AUACCUCUAUGUCAUUUAAAUUAUUGGUUGCUUUGUUUGUUUUUACCUUAUUGUUUUAGAGAUUUUAGAAAUGUACAAUAUAUAUGUGUAUCAGUCUGUAUGUUUGUCUUAAAUUACUGAUCUCAUAUGAUUCUGGGUUAUACUUAAUGUAACCGUUUUGAUAUUGAUUUUGUUAGCUGUUGCUUGACAAUCGUUGGACUAUAAUUACCGGUUUUUUUUUUCUUAGUGCAUUUUAAUUUUGCUAAUGAUUGUUUGUGUGCGGUAAAAAAAAGUGAAAUUGUUCCUUUGUUUCGUUCGAAAAAUUAAAAAUAUUCCGGUAAUUUCAUAAAACAUUUUAUUUAACUGUAACUGGUGUUAAUCAUCUGUGUGCUCUUGGUGACGUAAACAAUGGCCCAGAACACAGUAUGCGAAAAUGAAUCAAAUGAGAACAUGCCAACAGAAGGGAUGUCUCAACUCAACUCUGAUGUAGUACAUGUUGAUGUUAAAAUGGACUCGCCACCAGAGACCUUGAUGGAAUGUGAAAAUGGUCAGAAUCGCAAAGGAGAGAAGAGAUCGCUGUCGCCACAUAAUGAUGCAUCACCAAAGAAGAAGAAAAAGAAGAAGAUGACAAUGGGAAUGCGCAAGCCGCCCAAGAAUGCUGUAGUGGCUCUGAAUGAAUUGCGCCCUGGGUUGGUGUACUCAACUGUGGAUAGGACUGGUCCUGUCCACCAGCCCAUAUUUACCAUCGCUGUGGAGGUUGAUGGUCUGAAGUUCGAAGGCCAAGGCCGUUCAAAAAAAUUGGCAAAGCAUGCAGCAGCGGAAGCUGUUCUGCGGACUUUUGUGCAGUUCAAGGAUGCUCCAGAAGUGCAAAAAAUGAUAAAAAUGCCAAUGUUCAACAUGGACUUCACAAGUGAUGUGACAGAGGGGGAAAGGACACUGUUCAACGUGGGACAGCCUUCUGAGUCACUGAACUCUGACUGCCUGUCUCCCGCAGUGAACAAUACCAGUCAGGGAGCAGAUGCAGGCAGUCCUGCUUUUUUUAACAUGGGGAAGAUACGCACUCCCGUGCUUACUCCUGACAAAAGUCCAGUCAUGCUGUUGAAUGAAUUAGAACCAGGCAUAAGGUUCGAUUGUGUCUCUGAGAAUGGGGAGCCAUAUGCCAAGUUCACUAUGAGUGUUACAGUACGUGGAGAAACAUUUCAAGGCAAAGGUCCGAGCAAGAAGCUGGGGAAAGCUGCCGCUGCGAAGUCUGCCCUGACCAAGCUGUACAACAUGAACUUCACCCCCUUCUCCUCUCCAUUUGCGAGUCCAUUCGUGAGUCCCAUGACGCCCAUUGGGUCUAUGACACCCAUUGGGUCCAUGAUCUCCCAGGAUCUUAUGGUUCUGCCACAGAUCCUCGCUGACCAGAUUGCCAGCCUGGUGACAGACAGGUUCGCAGAGCUGAUAGCCAACGACCCGACCCACUCACGCCGCAAGGUCCUGGCUGGGGUUGUGAUGACCAGCGGCCCGCAGAUGGAGUCCAGCACCGUCAUCUCUGUGGCCACCGGCACCAAGUGCAUCAACGGUGAACACAUGAGCGAGACGGGCACCUGUCUCAACGACACGCACGCCGAGAUCAUCGCGCGGCGUUGCCUCUGCGACUUCCUCUAUGCCCAGCUGGAGCUGCUCACCGUACCAGAAAAGAUUGCAGAGAGUAUUUUUGUCCUGCGAGAAGAUGGUAAAGGUUACAAGCUGAAGGAAAAUGUGAAAUUUCACCUUUAUAUCAACACAGCUCCUUGUGGUGAUGCCAGGAUCUUCUCCCCACACGAGGCCCUGGACGAGUCGGGCGACAAGCAUCCAAACAGGAAAGCUCGCGGCCAACUUCGCACCAAGAUAGAGUCGGGGGAGGGCACCAUUCCCGUCAAAUCAAGCGAAGGAAUCCAGACUUGGGAUGGUGUCAUGCAGGGCCAGAGGCUGCUGACGAUGUCCUGCUCCGACAAGAUAGCGCGGUGGAACGUGGUGGGUCUGCAGGGCUCCUUGCUGUCGCACUACGUGGAUCCCAUCUACUUCGACAGCAUCGUGCUGGGCAGUCUCUUCCACCCCAUCCACCUCUAUCGGGCGGUGUGUGGGCGAAUAGAAACCAUGGUGCAGGCUCUGCCAGCUCCUUAUCACCUAAACAAGCCCCGACUGAGUGUGGUGACUUCACCCGAAGUCCGUCAGCCAGGGAAGGCACCAAAUUACAGCGUCAACUGGACUGUGGGUAAGGACACUCCAGAAAUCAUCAACUCCUUGACUGGCAAAGACGAACAAGGGACACCGUCUCGCUUGAGCAAAUUAAGUUUAUUCCGCCGUUUUGCCGGGCUCUUGGGUCAUGUGCACACACGCACAAACAUCAGUGCGAGGAAUUUUCCACGCCAGUACUCUGCCACCAAGAAACUGGUCCAGGAUUAUAACCUGGCAAAGUAUCAGUUGCUGGAGGCGUUCAAGAGAGCUGACCUGGGCCUGUGGCUCAAGAAACCCAUCGAGCAAGAUGAGUUCCACCUUUCGGACUUGGACCUACUUUGACUAGCACGCACACAUUGCCAGUUAAAAUAGAGCGGCUUGUCGGUCUCCCUUUCCUCCCUACUCACUUGGUCUUGUUUCUCUUUCCCGGGGCUCGACAGCUGUAAAGUGCAGAACUAGGGGAACUACAGCUGUGUUCCCUUCCAUAAUCAUUCCUGCCAUUUGCUCAUUUCGUAACCCUCUAUAGAGGUUUUUGUUGCCAGUGAACAUAAAUAAUAUAUUUGUAUUGUGUUUAUUUGUUAGUGAUGCAAAUUUGCAUCCCACAAGUAUUUGCAAAUGCAUAUACAAUUUUUUAUAUUUUUCUUUAGCCUUUUUGGGCUAUGUUGCUUUUAAAAUUAACUAUCUAAACAUAAUAGUAUUAUACAUUUUUUUUUUUUUAAUUAAUUGACACAGUAAGUAAAAAUACUUUGCUGCAAAACCAUAAACGUUACCUUAUUUGUAUUGAGCUGUAUUACCAAGAUUACUAAGAUUAGUAAUGUUUCUCAUGUAACUGUUCUGUAGGAAUUAAAAUUAUGUUAUAAUUAAAAAUGAAAGACAAUAUUUCAAUGAAGUAAAAUCUCAUUUUCAUUGAUACAUAAUUACGGACUGGAAAAUUUUGUCAAUGCGAAUAUUUAGGAAUUAAUGCAAAAAUAAUGUUUUAAUCCAUUAUUCAGACAUUUUCUCAUUGAAAAAUGAUUUUCUUGGAAUUUUUAUAUACAUUAUUUAUGCUAAUAAACCUUGCACAAUUUUUCAUGAAAUCUGUGUUCAAAAAGCAUGUUUAUUCAAAACUUGAAAAUGCCUAGGGACCCUGAGAAACUGUAAAUAAAAUUAAUCAGAAGCGGUGUUAAAAUAAGGAAAAAGCAGUGCAAAAAGUCUGUACUAAAACAGAACAGCAGUGUAAAAAUCUGUGUAAAAUUUAACGUCACUUCUAAAAUUCAGUAUCAAAUGUUCAUUUUGGCCUUUUACUCCCUUAAGAAUUAUUUUAUGUACACUAUGAAUUGAAACUUUAAAAACUUGGGUUAUUCUAAAGAAAAAGAAAACAAAUUUAUAAAAAAAGAAUUUUAAAUGCUUUCUUUUACUUCCUUUAUUUUUCAAUCAUUUUUUAAAAGAGGGUUUUGAUACUGUAACUAAUUUAACUGGUAAAACAAGUUGUUUGGUUAGAUACCGUGUUUUAUCGCAUAAUCGUCACACAUUUUAUACAAAAAUCAAGUUUGCUAAGUAGGGGUGUGAUUUUUAUGAGAAAAAAAUUUUUUUAGGUAAAGUUAUUUAUAAAAACGAAACCCAUUCAUGGAAAGUACAUUUAUUUAAAAAGUAGAGUAUACAAAUGCACGCCAAAAUAUUUAAAUUAUCAAGUCAUGCAACAAAAACCUUUCUUCAACUUUAAAUAGAAAAACAUAAUCUGUGAGCCUGAACUAACGCAUAACUGUCGUCGUAGUUCACACUUGCCACGAAAGAGUGUGAGCUAUCAAAUGUAGUUAACUUGGCACUCGACAGAGAGCGCGCAUUGCAUGCAAUGGGCACGUUAUCGAUAUUCGACUACGUUAGCGUGCUCUAUACGGGAAGCAACAUAACCAAACAUGAAUGAUACCAACUAGCGCUGGCUGCAUUUUUAUGAGCAGUACACCAGGGCGACGCAGACAAACAGAUAAAGGUUAUAACAUUUAACAAUGUUUUUAAAAGAAAAUUUACACAUAAACUUCGUAUUUCAAUUAAUUAAAUAAGUAAGUGGUAAUGUACAAAUAAUUAUUAGAUUUCUACUUUAAAAUACAUCGUUUUAUACGGAAAAAAUACCUACAGAAAGCGCUCGGAAUCUAAUAGCGGAACCAAAAGCAUCAUGAAACGUUUACGCGAGAGGUUUUUUUCAUCCAAAUUUUGACUGCCUAAAAUAUUGUUACAAAGAUUAUGCCGUGCGACGAUUCUGCGAUAAAACAGGGUACAUUUAACUAACCAAACCUAAUUACUCAUUAUAAUGGUAAACUUUAUGCUGUUCAAAUUAACUCAUCGUUUGUAAAUACAUACGUACAUUUUUUUAAUUAACACACAAUUUCCCCUAUUGAGGCAUAAAUUCUCACGAAUGAUAAACGCACACGAUCGUCGAAACCUGCACCACACGCUGUUACAAGUGUAUUUUGCGACCAAUCAUCUGCUUGACUGAGCCGCUGUUCCAUCUACACACCAUUUUCUAACACGUGACUAAAGUUUUAAAUACCAUUGUACUGUUAAUAAUUUUUUCUUUGGUAUUCCCAUUAAAACUAUACUGAUGUUCAAUUAUCCGGUUAAUGUUAAUUAUUUUAUAUUUUUUCUACAAACACGGAAGGUUAUAUGUGGGAAGCAUAUAUAAACACAAACGUUAUGAAAGGGAAAAAUUAACAUAGGGAUAUAUGGAAGUGAUCAAGGGAAUAAUUUUUUGAACUUAAUAAAUGGGAAAACUUGUUACGCGGGAAAGUCUUAAGCGAGUUUUACUGUAUAGGUUAUGCAUGUCACAGCUUGGUAUAUAGUUAGAAAUCAAGUUACGAAAAAAAUAAUUUUUGGCAGUAUCCUAAUCUCAACUUCACAUUUUGCAGUCUUGUUUGCAGUUUUAUUAUAUGUAUGAAAUUCGGAUUAAAAUACUUUAAGUUGAGGAUUUUGAAUAGCGGUUUAAUACAUUAUAAAUAUUCUGACCUUGGGAAACACUACAAAAAAGUUACCAAGAACAAUAUUUAGUUGCUAUUUGAGAUGGAAUAGGGUGAAUUUAAGUUUGUUAUUUUUUUGUGGAUGAAUAUAUUGAAGUGAAACGUAUUAAGUUUUUGGGACUGCUGUGUUUACUUUGAUAGUGGAAAUACAGACGAGUUUUCAACAUCUAUUUGUUGGACAAGAAGGGUCAGUACUAACAAAAAGAUAUGAUUUCUGCAAAAAAAAUAGUGUGUUAAAGCAGCAGGAGCAUACCAGUGUUUGGUUAUGGGGUUAUGGUUAGUGUUUACUUUGAGGGCAGUAAGUAACUCCAUGUGCCUGAUAGAGAAGGGGGGUUGCAAAUUGCAGCGUGUGCUAUGUUCUCUUAGCUCUGCCCCUCACCGUCCUGAGCCCCGGGACUGGGGACCCCAAGUCUUGCUGUAUUCUGCUGGCUGCAAUGUGUUGCUUGCCCACACUCACUUCACACACAGUUGUGGUAUUUACAUUUAAUGCUAGGAAGGAACCAUUGUAGAUAGGUACAUCGCUGCAUGAAGUGGAGCUCAACAUUUUGUGUAAGUUAAGCAUUUUUACAUGUUAGUUUCCAAGUGCAUUCAGCAUUCACGGUUAGCACAUACGCUGUGAAUUCUGAAAACUGUGUGUCAAGUUAAAAAUUAUAUUUACAUGUUGUACUGUUUUUAUUAGAACAGUACAUUGUAUUGUGUAUGAUGUUUGGUGAACAAGCCCUUAAGAACUGUAUGUUUGGGCCUAGUGGGCAGUUAAUUGAAUAUGAAUGUGCAAGAUAUGCCUAUAAAGCAUAGUUUUAAAAUUGGUGCAAUGCAUUGUACGUAUCGUAACACUGCUGCUAUUGUGGCAGAACAGUAAAUCUUUGACUAAAGGAGAUUUUGGUAAUGGAAGCCGUAAAUAUUUAGUAGUUUAAAUUAAUACCUUAUUGUUAAAACGGAUUUUGAAAUUGCUUCUACAGACAUUUCCAUUCUUCUCCUAGAAAUUGUAGCAGCCCAGCAGUAAUAAAUUUCUGCACAGGCAGGCUGCCAUAAACAUGUAAAGUAAGUGAGGUAAUUAGUAUUCAUAUUGGUGAAUGCAAAGUAUCGUGAUGUAUAAUUAUGGAUAUUGUCCUUUUCAUCCAAACUUUUACAUUGGAAUAAAAAAUUAGUUAUUUUUAUUGUUUGAGUAAGCAUGGUUUGUAGUGUGCUCGAGUUAUUAAUAAAUGGUCCUACCACAAACUUAAACUUGAACAUCAGCUGUUAUGGAAAAUAAAAUGUGUCCAUUGAUUAUCCAUGUCAAACCAAAGGCUUCUUAUGCAUCCUUUAGCUACCAAAAUUUAUUCAAUUCAACUCUAAAAAAAAGACAAGAUUUAAGAUAUAAAAAUGCUUAUUUUUUAAUUUUAAUUAGUGAUGCCGAUAUUUGCUCUCUGACGUGCACUUGUGUCGUGGAAGUUGAAGUUUUAGUAUUGUUUGUGAACUUGAACUUUAAGGGAGACACAAACCAAAAGAUGCCAUCUGAUUAUUAUUUUUUUGUUAUAAUGAUUUUUAUUUUUUGUUAUUGAAAAUACAUCCUUGUUAAGGCAGAGUUUACACUGAAAGUCGCUGCUCUAACUACCAUUGAGUGACUUUUGUCCCCUCACCCAGACUAGGCCUGCGUGGCCUCAGUGGUAUCAUAAUAUUUAAAUUGAAAAGUAAUUGAAGGCUGCCUGAGAAUUAAAAAAAGCUCUAACAACUAAAGAGAGUGAGCUCAAAACAAAACUGACAGAUGUUUAAAUCUCAACAAAAAAAAAAGAGCAGAGUAUGAAAGAAACAUGAUAAUAGCAAUAAAAUUCACUGGUCAACUUCCUGAGCAUUUAAGAGCAAUUUAAAAGUUAAUAAAUCCGUAUCUAAAACCAAUGUUUACAAGGAAUACUAAGGCAAUAAGUUUUGUAAAAGAUGUUAUUUAUAAAAUAAUUACCACUAAAAUGCAUACGUGCAUGGUAAUAUAUAAUAUGAUUAAAGUUUUCACUCUUUGUACCUUUAAUAACCUCAAUAUAUGCACAAUAGUAAAUACCAGUAAAUAUAAAAACAAUAUUAAAUGAAAAAUUAUAGUCGCCUCUUUGAAACCACUUUGAGGCAUUGCGCUGAUACGUGUCAAACAAUUAACGCCGCGAUCGUGACCUACCACAACGUCAGCCACCCGCAGACUGUCUUGACACACCCUUUCCAAAUGUUUAUGCUCACACACAUAAGUAUAUAAAUAUAAAUACUUUAAAGUGUCUACACUCACACUAAUAAUAAAAAUUAAAACUUUAAUAAAUUGUGUUCAAUCUCUCAGCUUUUAGUCUUUCCAGUGUUUUUUUCAAAAUCAUUGCCAACCUUUAUAAAACAUUUUGAACCAUAUUUUCCAUAAGUAUAAAAAAUAAAUUUUUAAGUAAAUAAAAUUAGUGUUGUUAAAAUAACCAAAAAAAUACAUACAAUAAUCAAGAAAUUAAAGGGAUUGACAGACCUAUGCCACAACACGUUAUAUUUAUUAGUCUGUAUAAGAAUGAAUAUGUCAUGGUAAUUUUUCUAGAGGUUUAGUCGUUCUUCAGAAUGAAUAAAACGCUGAACCCCAAUGAUCUCACAGGGAUAUAAAUUUGUUGCAGUCAGCCAUUGUCAGCUUCUGACAUCCCAUGAAGUUAUAUAUAUGGCCCGAAAAACUUACCAUCUUGCUUUAUAUGUGUGUGUAUGUAUAUAUAUUUUCUUUAUAUGUACACUUUCAAUGCUAUUGUUUGGUUAUUUUAGCUAAUUUUCAAAAUAAUGGCGUUUUUCCCCAGCUAAAUUAGUUUAAAAUGCCAUUCAGUUAUAAAAUACCAAUUAUAGAUUGCCACAAACUGAUACACUUUUCUUUUUGACACAUUUCAAAAUUUGGUUACAAAAUUUAUUGUUUUUUCAUUUAGAAAGAAACAACAUAGUCUUGUAUGUAGACUUAAAGUAACCUGACGCACCUUAUAUCCGUACCUUGCUUUUGUGUGGAAAUCAUGCAAUUAAAAUUUCUUUACAUUGUUUGUCACCAAAGACGUACCAGCAAAAUCAGUUAAUACUUAAAACAAAAAAAAACUCUCCACUUACCAACUUUGCUACAGAUUUUCUCAUCUCACAGACUUAACACAAUUAAACCAAUUGAUUUGUGAAUUACUAUAACUUAAACCUCAUACAUAUUGUUUGCUAGUAUAUUGUUCUACCAUAUAUUCUUUUAAGUAAAAUAAACAUUUGAAUUUUUGUUUUAGAGUUAUUUUUAAAAGGAAUAAGCAAUUUUUUAUGCAUAAUAAUUAAGUGAAAUAGUGUUAUUUGUAAGAAUUUGUGUGUAUGAAUAUUUGGGUUUUAAAAAUACAUUUAAAAUGUAAAUAAAUAGCUUUAAAUAAGUUUCAAAAAAAAAAGCUAAUUUUAAAAUAAAAUAGUUGUGCUAUUCUCCAUCCUCCCAAAUUAUUUAUAUAAAAUACAACGUGUCAAUGGGGCCAAAAUAUCAAUAAUAUAAGAUGGCUUCUUUUGGUAACAUUUUUUGAUCUUAGGGUUGAAUGUUCCUUUGAAUGUUUUUGUUAAUGUUUUAUGUUUCAUAAAUUUAUUAACAACUUGAUAUUUGCAAUUUGAACAUUUACGAGCAACACAAUUAGUACUGUGUGACAUGGGACUUGUAAAAUUUACGGAGCUGAUAAUGCAUUAUUAUGCUGUGAAGAAUACUUCAUUGAAAAUUAAUUUGAUUAGUCAUUAUAAAAAGAUGUGAUGAAAUAUAAAUGUAAUUUUAAUAUUAGGAUCCCAAAAUCUAAUCUUUGAAAUUUUUUGGCAUGAAAUAAUAAACUUUUCUCUUGAAGCCAUAAAUCAAAUUAAACAUUUUGUGAAAAUCUCUUUUAUUUAUAAUUUUUUUGUGAAAAACUUUUAUUUUAAGCAUUUUUUUUAUGCACCUUGCCAUUUAUGAGAGACAAUGUGUAAUGUAGGCAUGUUUUGAAGGCCCAAGAAGAUAACUCUUGAAUUAAAGCAGUUUUUUUUUUACAAGGACACUCAAUUUAAUCAACACACACUUUGCCUAAUGGACACUCAAAUGCUUACAGGAAGGUAACCUGUUUGUUUUUCGAGGACUAACCAGAAUUUAUGAUGAAAGUUCACCGAAAAAUUUUUGUAUGUAAAGUUUAGUUGAGGAUAAGAGCUUUUGCAUUUGUAUCAUAUUAGUAAUAAUUUUAAAUACAUUAAACAGACAUGUGCAAAACCCAAUAAUCUUUGAUGAACGCAAUUUAAAUGAACAAGGGAUUAGCACAUUUUUUUAAAAACAUUUUAAAUUGUUUCCACAAUACUAAAACAUUCUACAAGUAAAAUUCAUAAUAUUUAGAAAGUACAUUAAAUUUUGCUUGUCUCUCACCAAAUAGUGUUAAAGGAAAAAAUUAAAAAGAGAAGAGUGUCUAUUCUCUGUUUAAAAAGUUUUAAACUAUCACGGUGAUACAAAAUCUUGGUGAUCUUAAAUUUUUAUACUUCUCUUACUAAUGUGCGUGAUUCCAAAUUAUAAAACAAAUUCACCUCAUUUUCAUCUCUUGGGAUGGGAGAUUUCAUAAUAUAUACAUAGCCUGUGUGGUGUUCCAGUUUGUUCCAAAAGUUAUCAAAAUUGAUUCAGUAGUUAAGAUUAGUAACAAAAAUCGAAAUGCAAAAAUUUACAUUAAUUAGCCUAAACCAAAUUUAUAAUUAUUUUAUUUCAGCUCUGCAUUGACAGUUAACGAAAUCAAAUGCAAGUUGACUUGGAAUUUGCAUUGUCUUAAUGUACACCUCUUUUUAAGUGUAGGUACAUUAUAUUCAAUAUUUUGUAAACUAAAAUGUUUUAAAGCAUUUAACCUCACAUAAAACAAAAUUUCUAUGCAUCUAGGUAAAUGUUUACUUUUUGAAUGAAUAAAUAAAUACAGAAGGUUAAAAUUAUGUCCAGCUGCAUACUAUGGAAACUUGGAAACACCUAAAAAUUGCUGAGAAAAAUCAAGUAUGUAUAUUAAGUAUAUUGACAGAAUUGGAUUUUAUCUGGUAUUAAAAAUGAAGCAUGACACUAGAGAGAAUAAUUUUAAAAAUUAGAUAAUUGUUGUGGAAAGUAAGAAAUUUAUCAUAUAUAUACUAACCAUUUGGUAGUCCUUUGAAUUAUGCAGCAUAAGAGUAAGCCACUAUUUUAGCUAUAUGCAUUUAGAUUAAAUUAUAUGUGAUGCAACUAUUUUAUGCAGUUGCAGUGUUACACAAAUUAUUUUAUUUAUUAGAUGUUAAAAUAGGCUGCUCUGUUGGUGGUAAAUUACUAGUUCCAUAGCAGUAGCAUUAUAUCUCUCCAGUAUUGUGUCAUAAUUCAAAUGCCUAGUGAGUUAAAUAAUACUGUAAACCAUUUGAAAGUAGUAUUUAUUUUUUACAUGAAAUGACUUUUUUUUUUUACUUAUCUGAGUUGCCGUGUGAUAUUUUGUAUUCUUUUGUUAAUGUAUUCAUUGUCAAGACAGUAUUUUUAAUUUAUGUGCAUAUACUUGAGUUGCUAGUUUACAAUGUUAGUACGUACUAAAGUAACAUUUUCAACAGAUUGCAUUUAUUUCAUAUUUGCAAUACAAACACUAAAAUGUGUCUGUUUCAACCACAUAUAUAAGUGCAAUGAUGUGCAGUAUAUAAUAGAUUUAGGGCAUUUGAUUUCUACUAUGCUGAAACCAGGCUGAAUUAUAAAUUAUAGUUUUGUGAUGGAACUGGUAGUGCACAUUUAGGAAACUGUUAUUACAAUUUAGUGUGGUUACACUUUUUUUAAGUAGAAAGUAUGGUUUGUGCGCUGGGUUGAAAAAUUAUCAUUAUACCUGCAUAUGUAGCUGUUACAUGACAUUCAUUGACGGUUGUGUCCUAGUGAUAAUAAAUACAUUAUAUCAUAAA